AAGCCGAAACUACCAGCGAGAAACACAGAGAGAGAGAGAGAGAGAGAGAGAGAGAGAGAGAGACGGCUCUUCUUCCUUGAGCUAUAGGGGAAAUGUGGAGUUGCAGCUUUUCUUUUCUUCUGAGGACUGCGCCUUCCAACUUCUGAUGCUCUUCUUCUUUUACUUUUCUCUUCUGGGGAUUCGUCGGAGCAUAAGCUUUUCAAAUGGUUCAGAAGUUGAUGUAGUGACAGGUGUUCUUUUUGCCUCUCUUACUUACGGAAUUUAGGGAGAUAGCAUGAUGGCUUUAGGAAGUCAAAUUGCCAUGGAUCACUAGGAACUGUUUCAUACAAAAUGGCUAGUGAUGUUCAGAAAACUUAUUUUGAAUGGAAGCAUGAGCAAGAAGAUUCUCAGGGUCCUUCUAUUUCCCAAAUGUUGGAUCAUGGCUCAAUAUCUUUUGGAAAAUUUGCAUUGGAGACAUUGUCAUGGGAGAAAAGAUCCGUUUUUACUCACAAUGAACGCCAGGAAGAGCUCGAAAAAUUCAAAUCUCCUGGUUUGGUGGCCAAAAAAAAGGCCUACUUUGAGGAAUAUUACAAAAAGGUUCGGGCUUUGAAGGCCAUGCAGAACCAGCAAACUGUGCUCUUGUUGGAAUAUGGUGCUGAUGGUAGCAUCUCCAGCCAAACUGGGGAUGAAGAUGAACCGCCAUUUCCAAGCACAAUUCCCAAUGAAAUGCCCGAAAGUAUUAGCGAAGCCCCAUUGGAAGACCUUACUGCUGAAAUAACCUUUGAGCAGGAAUGCAGUACUGCUUUUGAGCAUGAAUAUGUGGCAUCUCGAUCCGUUGACGUUGCUACAGCCAAAGAAAUUAUUGAACCACAUAGUGGUCACUGUGAAGUCAAGAAUGAAGAAAAUUAUAAUAAUUUCAUCCAAGUGCAAAUUUCUUCCCCCCUAGUAUGUUCGACUGAUCCUACAGUUUCAAAUGUUGUAGAAGCAAAUUUUGUACCAGUUGACAAUCCUGUGCUGGAGAAAAAUAAGCUGAUUGUCCGUAAGCCUAAAGAUGGCUUUACAUCAGUUCCAAUGUCAAAGGGAAAUGUUACUUCAGCUAGGCACCUUUCAAAAUCUGUCAACAAAUCAUUACCAGAAAGGAUUAAGUCAUCACUGGGCUCAAAACAACUGCAUAAUAUUAUUGACAAGGCAGAAGUGGAUAUGCCUUUGAGCAAGAAGACUUCUAACAAAGUCAGAAGCUACAAUAAGUCUUCCUUUGUUCCUUCUCAUCGAUCACCCACAGAAGUACAAAAUAAAGUUGCUAUUCCAAGACCAAACCCUCUCUCCAAAGAAAGAAAAGGAGUCAUUCCUAACAACAGCAGUGAACUUGUUCUAAGAUCACGGUCAAAAGUUUCAAAUAGUUCAACAUCAAGGAAAUUUAAUCCUAAGGGAAAUUUAAGAGUACAGGGAGAAUCAAGGGAGACGGCUACACAGAAUACUAUUAAAAGCAGAGCACUACAGAGUAAAAGUGUGGGCCAUGAAGAAUUCAAAAAGAGCUUGGACAGCAGGUGCGGCAGCACUGUCAAAGGAAGAGCUGCAACUGAACAACUGAGAACAAGGUCUAUCAAUCUUCCUUCCAGAAAUAUUCAUGACACUAAUAGGGUUAUCAGUUAUCAAUCUGGAAGUUUAUCAGGCGGAGAUAACAUCAAAAAGGCAAAUGCUUCAACAACCAGGAAAUAUGAGGGAAAGAGCUCCAUGAUUAAUACUUCGAGACAGAGUGGAAACAUCAAAGUUGAUACUUACAAGCAGAAACAGAUGAGCACAACAGAGAAGCAGGAAAGGCCAAAUGGAGUGAGCAAAUCAUUCAUUGGUGGACUGCCACCUGAUGGGAGGAAAUCCAGGAAGGAGAAUCCAAGAUGGAGAUGAUCUUCAAGCUGAGGUUGAACUAAGAACUGAUGUCUAGCUCUUUUGUGCCAUAGUGUAUAGUAUGUUUAGCUUUUAUUAACAGGUACUUUUAUGUUAUUUGUUUGAAGUCAAUUUGGAGGAUUCUUGCUAAAUAAAUGUAUUAGUAAAUUAUUUUUUAGUUAAGUUUAAUAUAAUUUUAUUUAGCUGCUUGAAA